AUGCUUUACAAUUUUGUUUCUAUACGGUCCGCACCACUGGCCAAGCGGAGAAAAGUGCGUCGGGCAUGCGACUUCUGCCGUCAGCAUCGGGUCCGCUGCGAUGGCAGAUUACCUUGUGGCCAGUGUGUCACCAACAAGGUGGAAUGCAACAAGCCUUCACAGCAUUCACACUCACAUCUACAUCCGAACCAACAUCCACACUCUUCCUCGUCUGGAAAUCGGGAGUUGCAGCCGUCAGCCCCAUCCAGUUUUCCACCCCCCCAGCCUGCACCUCCCUCCACCCCAAAUCAGGCUGUCGUGAGCCAGCAAGUGAGGCCCCGAUUAAGUUCACCGCGGAAUCCAUCCAUACAUCAUGCUGCCGUCGCUCCUCUUUCACAGCACUUGGACUCAUUCGCGGGCUUUAUCUCCCGAGUGAAUAGCUUCUGCACCGUCGUGUCGCAGAUGUCGACCCAACCAUCUCCUCAUCAACCCAUUGAAUCAGCCCCUGCAGACGUUCCGUGUUCGUCACGAGACUUGCUGAGAAGAGUAGAGCCAGUUCUUUCGCAGCUGACUCCGGACAGCCUAAAUGAACUUCAGGCAACCCUGUUUGAUAUUUUCUGGACACGAUAUUAUUUCCUGAUGCCAAUUGUCAGUUCGGAGGACUUAGCGAACAAGUCGGAUGGACAGUCUGAGCCUUUGCGACAGGCUCUAAUGGCCUACUGUUUGCAAUCGAUCUAUCAUGCUGGACUGCAUAACCGCUUGUUGAGCAUUCAGAAGGGCAUGGUGUCAUCGGACCACGGGGAGAAUCCGUCUCAAAGCCCCCUGGUAGCUAAACUGUUCGUUACCUUAUUCCAACAAGCGCUCGCUACAAACAAUGCCUAUCUCCUUUAUGCAGAGCCAACAUUGGCAGAUGUGCAGCGGCAUCUCCUCAUGGCUGCCUUCCUGCUGAACUCGGGAGAACCUCAGGCGGCAUAUAAUAUCCUUGGUGUAGCCAUGCGGCUCACACAGUCUCUCGACCUACAGCGCCUCCCAAGAACACAUCUACCGCCACAAGAGUUGGAAACACGCCAGCGAAUCUGGUGGAAGUUGGUCCAUCUCGAUUUCCAUUGUUCCCGGCUGCUGGGAAAACCGAUGGCUGUCUCCCUGAAUGAUAAGACAAUCACUAUGCCGCAUCCUACACCCGAGUCUUCAGUGGCCGCCCCGGACCUCACUUACUACUCGGCGUCGAUUUCCCUGACCGUGGCGGCAAGACAGGUGGCCGAGUCCCUGGAGAAUCACCUGCACGCUGUUUCAGGGACUGUCGACUCGGUCAACAUGAUCGAGCGCUAUGCGCACCAUUUGUCGCGGGAAAUCAAGCACCUAUAUGAAUGGAAAGAUCGGAUCCUGAAUGCAAAGCUAUUUCCCAAUAUGACACUUGCUUGUGGAGCUUAUCAACCCGAUGCGGUGACUGCUACCGAGGAUGGGCUAAAGCACGAUCACGAUGCCAGGCUGUCCUUUCACCUUGCCCCAGCAGUCAUCCUACAGCGAACCCUCCUUGAGCUUCAGUAUCAUGACAUUGUUCUUUGGGUUCACCAUUCAUUCAUCCAGUUUCCGAGUCGCGGCUUGGUUCCGCAACGGAGUCCACAAGCCGAUGUGCAUGCCACCACGGCAAUACAACAUGCGCUAACCGUCACGGAUCUCAUCCGUCUUCGGAUGCUCUAUCACGACGUACUUUAUGGCUCUUCUGAGAUCUAUCAGUACCUGUGGAAUGCCGUUCUCACACUCAUAGGGUUUAUGUUGGCCUACCCCCUAUGCUACUGGUUCCCUCGUGCUCAGCAGCAUGUCGAGCGAUCCCUCCAGAUCUUCGAGGCAGCAGGACCAGUAAACCCGAUUGCAUCACGAGCUGCUCACCUGACACGAUAUUUGCUUGGGCGAGUCAGUGCACUCAUGGAGUUAUUGAGUUCACAAUCGUCUGCCCCCCAUGAUCGUAAUGAUUCUCGGGGCGUGCAAACCCUUGGUCCUGUCGAACCCGAGAAGAGGCAGCAGCAGCAACCCCCCUUGUUCACAUCCGAGGAUGAUGCUUUGUGGUCCUGUGCAGAUAUUGUUAACCCCAAUAUCUGGUAUGGGUACUGCCACGAAAUCAACGAUAUGCUCAUGGAUGUGCCUGAGAUCUCUCUAGGUACCGAGCUUUUCACAUCAUAA